CCGAUGCGGUAUGCUGGCUGUUGAUUGGUCACGUAGGAGGAAGAUGCGACUGCAAUGGAGAAUAGACUGGGGACUUUUCAAAGCGUCCUACUGAUGUGAUUAAUAUCGUUGAAUGAUUUCCAUGCAUUGACUUGUCGCGAUAUGUAGUUCAAGGCCUUUGGGUUAUUAAGCCUACUAGAAGCAGGGCGGGUUCCAUAUUUUUGGUUUGUUUUGUUGAAUCGUUUGAUUUGAUGUCGGGCCCGUCGCGCUGCUUUGUAGCUUAAGUCACUCCAUAGAAAUGUAGCUUGUAGUUACAACACUGGUAGAGCUAUCACUGAAGCUGCUCUUCUUGUAGGUGUUGCUGUGCGAACAAUGCCCGAGCGAUGUCUGAUGUUGAGGCCACGUACGCAGACUUCAUCGCCUCUGGCAGGACGGGACGCAGGAACGCCAUGCACGACAUCCUGCAGAGUCCCACCGACCCCGAUGGACGAGGACUGCCCCUCACCCUGUCUCUGUCCCAGCUGCACAUCAACGCCGGAGGCGGAGACGGAGACGACACUGACAGCCAGAUCUCGUCCUCCUCGGGCCACAGGGAGGUGGAGCAGAGGAACAGCUAACCUGUCACACACUCCUGCCAGCGGGCAGAGAGCUGCAAGAUGGAAUCCGGGAGUCAUUGUGACGAAGCCUUUGGUACAAAGUGAGCUGGUAGCCGGAGGGUAGCACCACCACUGCUGAGGUGCCAAUAAGCAGGGCACUGACCCCCCCACCCACCCCCCCACAUCCACUUUAAAGGCGAUGUGAUCACCAAGCGCUCUCAUGUCCCUGUUGCUCUGCUGUGCACUAGAAUAACAGACUGUUGGCAAGGGUGAAUUUUAGAGUUGGAGUAGGCAGAGAGACAAAUCUGAAGCUCAUGUACAGCUGAUUUUACUUCCAGUCUUAGUUCUAAACACAAAGACUGAAUGACCGGAAUGAAAGGAGAAAGCUCCUAUGUGAGUCUAUGUGAAUCUUUUAGUUGUGCAGGCAAUUUGUAAGACCACUGAGACGUGCCGAUGUAAUGCAGUGGGACUAGCAUGUUUGUAGUGAUGCUGAUAGAGAUUAUAUUGCCAGGUAAUGGCUUGUGCUUCCUUUAAUUUGACAAUACUGUAGAGGGAACUGGACUACUCAGCUGUAGUAAAACUGGAAACUGGAAAACCCAACAAACAAAAACACUGGGACUUGGUUACUUUAUUUGUUGGUUGGUGUGUUUACUUAUUCUGUUUUGUAUGAUGGACAACACCCAAUCAUAUGUGAAAUUGUACUGUAGAAAGCAGCACACUGGAUGGUGGUAUGUCAGUUUUCUGCUGACCAAUAAUACAUAUUAAUACAUUUACAGUGAGUUUAGAUGACAUAUUUCAAUUGCUCAGUGGUUAACAAAGAUGAUGGUGGUGUACUAUCUUUCAAAAUGUUGAUAGUUUCUUAUUUAUUUUAUUUUUUACUUUUCUACUCAUGCCAUUUUAAUCACAACCGUAAAGGAGUAUAUUGAAAUUUUGGGAAAUAUGCUAAUUUGCUUUCUUGCCGAGAGUUAGAUAAGAAGAUUAAUGCCAAUGUUAUGUACUAAAUAUAAAAAAAUGUACGCUAAAUAUAUAGCUUGAGUCAGAAGCAAGGUUAGCUUAUCUUAAGAUAAAAUGGGAAACAACUAGCUUGGCUCUGUCUGAAGGAAACCGAAUACACCUACCAACCCUUGUAAAGCUCAUCAACUAACAUGGAAUGUCCUGUUUGUUUAAGUCGUACAAAAACUCAUAUUAUGCCAAACUAUUUCUUGGCUGGGAUCAGUUGCUAGGCAACCAGUGCACACUCCAGGAAGUUAGUGGUCAUUUCUAUACAUAAGUUUUUAC